GUCUGUAAUCAAUAAGAAUGACACCUUUGAACAUUUUCGUUUAAAAAAUUGUGCCAGUGAGUCAUUUUAGAUGCCGAGAAAAUAUCGUCAAGUUCAUCGUAAAAUGGAGGAAACGAACGAUCUAAUCGACGACGUAACCGUAGUCGACGUCUACGACAUCGCGUCCGAUAUCGGCAAGGAAUGCGAGAAAAUCAUCGACCUUUACGGUGCCGAUGCCGUCACGUCGCUCAUGCCGAAGGUGAUCAGCGCGUUGGAGCUCCUCGAGAACCUCGCGGUGAACAACGAGCGCGAGAACAGCGAGCUUUUGGAGCUGAAGUCGAAGAUAUCCCAAUUGGAGAACGACAAGAUCGAGAAGGCAGAGUACAGGCAGAAGUUCGAGAAGGAGCUGGAGGCCAUCGAGGAGCAGUGGAGGGCCGAGUCGAAGGAGCUGCUCGCUUUGGUCUCCCGUCUGCAGGACGAGAACCGGAAGUUGGCAAAGGUGAGGGGCACCUCGCAGGUGGCCGAGCGGGUCUCGCCCACCGAGAUCGUCAACAACAGCGAUAUGCUGCAGAAGCUGCAGCUCACCCUCGAGAAGCAGAGGGACGAAAUUCGGGUCAAGGAGAAGCUGCUGCAGGAAAAGUGUGGUGAUAUGGAAAAGAUGCGCUCCCAAGUGGACCGACUUACAAAUAGCGGCAGAGAACUGCGCCGCAAGCACAAGACGCUGCAAAACCAGGUGCGAACGCUGUGCGACGAGCGCGCCGACUUCCUCGUGCAGCUGCAGGAUCAACAGCGCGACAUCACCGCGCUCCGGCAGCGAUUGGGCCUCGCCGAGAAGGAGAACGAGGACCUCGCCAAGUCCGACGUUUCCUACCCGAGCAACAAGGCGGUGUACGACCUGGACGAUCCGAACCGGCCGCGCUUCACUACGGCCGAGCUCAAGGACAUCCUUCACGAGCGCAACGAGCUCAAGGCGCGCGUCAGCGACCUGGAGGACGAGCUGGAGACGUACCGUCCGAAGAACGCCACCGAAUCCAAAUUUAAGUUAGUAGAAGCUCCCGUUAAACCCAUCCCGGAACCGUUAACGCCGCUCGACGAGGACGCCCCGGUCCAAGGUCCGCUGCCGUACGAGCCCGAAGACGCCCCCUGGAAGCGAACGACGUCCGAGUCGGGAAUCCGAAAGUUUUUUCGGAAGUUAUUUUCCGAGGGCGGCGGCGGCGGGAGCAGUUUUCCUCGGCGUAGUCUUUCCACGCUCACAAAGAUGGCUCUUUCCGCUACUGACGAGCCGAUACCUGUCUAGAGAGGCGACGCUGAGCGUGUUCAUGAAUAUCGAUUUGUCGGGUAACCUACAACGUUUGUGAUCUUCCCCGUUAAAUUUUUCUCACAAAAAAAAGUCUCGUAUUGUUUCUGUGAUAUGGAUAAAAGUCAUGCUGCACGAUCUGAAAGACGCCAUUUUUUUUGUUGUAUCAAAGUCGCAGAAGUACUCAUUUUUUUAAUUUAUACGUAACAAUUUUGUUUGUGCACAACUUAUGUACAGGCCCGUGCCAAAGUAUAAAAUAUUUGUAUUAUGUACCUAGGGAUGUAAAAUAGGUUAGAUCUAUAGGUUGUAAAAGUAAUUAAGUUACAUGAUAGGGUAUCAAAUUAUUUGUCGUUUAAUUACAUUUACAUCCGUUGUAAAUUUUGAACAUUAAAAUUUAGAUAUUA